AUGGUCAAUGAGCCUUCUGAAGUUACAGCCACUAUUGAACAGCCACAAGAUAGGCCAGAACCAAGUCCACCCAUGGCAGUGUUGCCGUUAAACCCGAGUGCAAAGCUUGAUCAGGAACCCAAUCCCUUCGAAGAAAGCUUCUCCACAGCUGCCAACCAUGAUCCAACCACGUUAUCGUCAUCAUCGUCAUCAUCAUCCAACAAUAAUAAGAAACCGGUUCUUCCACCUGUUGCUGCUAUCACGAGCCCAGCACCUCCUUUACUUCGGAGCGGCGUGUUACCCAAAGACGUGGCAAAUCAGUUUGCGUGGGACUCAUUACGUGCAGGACCAUUAUCUCCCUCAAUGUUGCAAGGUCCUUCUUCUCAUCCUUCCAUAUCACAACAACAAACACAAGAAACCAUCUCAUCAACAAGAGACAAUCACGACCAUUUGAACAAUAAUACAACCACGGGUGUGAUCAGCAACAACAAUCACGCCAAACGAUCCGGAUCUUUGUGCAGUGGAUCAUCAACAUCAUCAACAUCGAGCACUACUAUCAUUGGCGAGAAUCAUCAUCAUCAUGCGAAUAGGAAACGUCCACGCAGCAACAGCAAAGAUGAGGAUGAUGAAAAACGACGCAAUUUUUUGGAAAGGAACCGAAUUGCUGCCUUGAAAUGCCGACAACGAAAGAAGAAAUGGCUCAACAAUUUGCAAGCAAGAAUGGAAUACCUGACGAACGACAAUGAACAGCUUCAAAUGCAAGCAAACACGCUACGAGAGGAAAUCGUCCAUCUCAAGACCUUGUUACUUGCUCACAAAGAUUGCCCGGUCGCCACAGCCAACAAUCCAGCAGCCGUUGCUGUAGCAGCAGGAGCAGAUACCAGCAACAACAACCAUCAUCCACAACGGCAACCAUGUAUAUCAGGGUCUUCAACAACAUCAUCUGCUGCUGCACAGCACCAUCAUCCUCAUCAGCAUCAUAACCAAUCUUCAAUCAUGGCUUUCCCUGUGACAUCAUCAUCCGCUGCUAGCAGAGUAUGGCGAUACUAG